UCUCUAAUAAUAAAAAAAUAUUUACUUUUUGAAUUUAGCUUUAAGAUAUUUAUAAUUAAUAAGUAUUAACAAAUAAAUAAAUUAAUUAAUUAAUUUAUAAACUAACUAACUAAUUUCAAUUCAUAGAUAAAUAGAUAACCAUUUUUAGAUUUUUCUUAGCAAAUGUUCAAUUAAUAACAAGGAUAAGCAAAUGGCGGUGGCUUAUUUGGUGGUGCUUAGAAUAAAACAACCAAUCCUGUAUUAGGAGGUGGAUAAGGCGGUGGUCUUUUUACUGGUGCAACUGCAAAUUAACCAACUAUUGGUACAGGAGCAACUACUGGAGCUGCUGCUGGAGGAGGAAUAUUCUAAAAUAAGACUAAUACACCAUCAACAUCUUUAUUUAAUGGAGGAGCUACCGGAACAGGAUUAACUAUUGGAUAAAAUUAAUAAGCCCCUACAAAUACAAAUCCAACUAAUCCUCCUACUGUUGGUGGUGGACUUUUCGCUUAAAAUAAUCAAAAUCCUAGUACAGCAGGAAACUAAACAGGAAUUUUUGGAAAUAAAACUAACAUUUUAAAUCCAGGAGCUACUGGUACUACUGCUACUACUACUACAGGAACACUUUUAGGAAAUCCUAGCACUACUGCAGCUACCACCACAGCUGUGACAGGUACUAAUGCCCAACCCGGUUAGUAAAACAACGCUUAAUAGCCAGCUAACAAUAUUGAUGUCUCACUUACAAAUGAGAAACUUAAUCCUUUAGUUUAAAAAUGGAAAAGAAAAAUUUAAAGCUAAUCAGAAAAUCUUUUGUAAAUAUAUACAUCGUUGGGAGAAAGUUUAACUUAAAUAGAACAAUGCUCUAAAUAUUAUGAAAAUCUUGCUUAAAUUAGCCAAGGAUUAAAUGGAUAAUUUGAUUAAAUUAAUGUAGAAGUGAAGAAUAUCGAAUAAUAUUAGACUCAAAUAGAAUCCCAUCUCGAUAUAAUUAGAUCUAAAUUAAUUAAGCAAUUAGAGCUUUAGGGCGAUUCUGAAUCAAAUGCCUUCAAAUAGCCUAUUGGUGAAAAAAUUUAAGCUAUUGACUUUGGUCUUGCACAAAUAGAGAAAAAUGUUAAUUAACUUAUUGACGAAAUAAAUCCUUAAAAAGAAUAAACACAAGACAGUAAAAAAACAAUUUAAGAGAGUCUUAAUUCUUACUAUUAAAUUUUAGAAAAGCUUGAAUAUGAUACUAUAAACCUCUAAUUUAAGCUUUAAUCUGUAGCAGAAAAAGUUGCAGACUAAAUUUGA